GAAAAGUCUUAUAAGCAAUAGAAGAAAUGGCUUCUAAAUAUUUACAAAAGUAUCCAGUUCCCGAGGGAUUCAACUAAAUUUUACAUGAUUUUACAAGAGAAGUAGAGUUGAUCACUUAAUAAAGGUCUUGAGGGAUUAACCAGAAGACAUAGUAAAAUAUGGUGUAGAUUAUUUCGAAUGUAUGAGAGAUGGAAAGGAAUUUAAAUUUGAGAGCAAAUUCAAUAUUGCAAAAGGAUAGGCUCCAGGAAGGUCACAUCUACCUCCUAAGCCAAACAAUUCAAUUGAACAAGCUAAGAAAGUUGUUGAGACAUCGAAUUAGAGGAAUGAGAGUGAAAGGAAGGCUUCAGCUCCAUAGAAGCAGGCUUCUGGCUCAUCUCAUAGGACGAGACAAUAGUCAGUUGGCUCAUAGGCUAGUCAUCCUGAAGAGAAGAGGGCAGCAAAGGAUUAUAUUAACGAACUUUAUUAAAAAGUGGAAUAAGACAUAGAAGAAAUCGAGACAGGAAAGAUCGAAGCUAACAAUGCAUUUUUCUAGCCUCACUUUGUAAAGAAUGUAGUGAUAUCUUUAAUAGGAUGAGAAGGACAUGGAGAAAAUAAUUAAAAUAUAAGCAAGCGCCAAGGGGAUGCUCGUUAGAAAUCAGUUGAAGUAGCAACAUCCAGUGGAGCAGCCAUAGGUUGUGUAUUAGGAGGACGAAGAGGGGAUAGUCUAGGAGUAUGCCUAAGAAUCGGAGGAAAAUUAAUGAUUUAAUAAUUGAAGGCUUC